AUGACCAACCCUAGUGAAGACAGUGGUUGUCUCUCCGUUCUAUCUUCUUGCUUCAAGAGACGAGGCAAACCGCGACCAGGUCCUUCCGAGUGCCCAAAUCAACUAGCCCCUUUGGUGUCAUCCGCAACGCAGGUGACCGAGCUGUCGUCGCUCAAUCCAGCUAACGAUGAAACAUCUGCCUCGACGAACCCCGAGAUCCAAACCCCGGCUUUCUUGGAAGAAAGCUCGUCUGCGCCGUCAGCUGUUAACGUUAAAGACAAGCCAGCUUCCGUCACCCCUAUUACUGAUCAAGAAUCAGCAACAACAGACCGCGCUGCGGCAACAGUUGAUCUGUGGCAAGAAGCGUACAACAAGGUGGAUGAGAAUACUCGUAAAUGGAUCGACAGUAUUCCGGGUGCUGCUAAUGCCAAAGACCCCGUAAAAGAGCUGGUGGAAUUGGUCCGAUUGAGGGAGGAGAAACAUGGGAAAUGGGCGCCGAAGCUCACGAUCGGCGGCCGUCAAAUAUGGAGGGAUUACGCGAGCAGAGUCAUCUCUUUAUUGACUGCAAUCGGAGACAUUGCCGUCACAGUUGCCCCGGCGCCUUCUUCAACCGUGUGGUCAGCGGUCAAGAUGCUUCUGAAGCUCAGGCUUGCGAGGCUAAAGCAAGCUCUGAACAUCGAGGCUUGA